GUUGGUUGUUCCCACGCCACACGUCACCGCUGCCGUAGCCUUGCGCGACUCUUCCUCCGUUCCCGUCUGACCCGGCCUCCCAUCCCCGACUACAAAAUCCCCGCCCCCCUCUCCUCUCCCGUCCACCAAACCAAACCAAUCCAAUCCCCUCUCCGCGAUCUCACCGGGAAAUUCCUCGACCGAUUGAAAGCCAAGGCCCUCUCGUCCUCCUUCAAGAUGCAGAUCUUCGUGAAGACCCUCACCGGCAAGACCAUCACCCUCGAGGUCGAGUCGUCUGACACGAUCGAUAAUGUCAAGGCCAAGAUCCAGGACAAGGAGGGAAUCCCUCCGGACCAGCAGCGCCUCAUCUUUGCCGGCAAGCAGCUGGAGGAUGGCCGCACCCUGGCUGACUACAACAUUCAGAAGGAGUCCACCCUCCACCUGGUGCUCAGGCUUCGUGGAGGCAUGCAGAUUUUCGUCAAGACCCUCACCGGCAAGACCAUCACCUUGGAGGUGGAGUCCUCGGACACCAUCGACAACGUGAAGGCAAAGAUCCAGGACAAGGAGGGCAUCCCUCCGGACCAGCAGCGCCUCAUCUUCGCUGGCAAGCAGCUUGAGGAUGGCCGCACCCUGGCUGACUACAACAUCCAGAAGGAGUCCACCCUCCACCUGGUGCUCAGGCUUCGUGGAGGCAUGCAGAUUUUUGUCAAGACGCUCACCGGCAAGACCAUCACCCUGGAGGUGGAGUCCUCGGACACCAUCGACAAUGUGAAGGCCAAGAUCCAGGAUAAGGAGGGCAUUCCCCCGGACCAGCAGCGUCUCAUCUUCGCUGGCAAGCAGCUGGAGGAUGGCCGCACCCUGGCAGACUACAACAUCCAGAAGGAGUCUACCCUUCACCUGGUGCUCCGCCUGCGUGGUGGCCAGUAAGUGCGUGAUAGCCGCUUCUGUCUCAGGGUUAACAGGUCUGGUGUUGUCGGUGUACUCCAAUGUAGUUUUCAGCGUGUGCUCUGGUCGUGUUUCUAUCGCUGCUAUGUUUGUUUGUGUCUACAAACUUAUGAUGUGAUGUGGCUUUGAGUUUGGAUGAUGAAAACGUGAUGAAUAAGUGAACCCUUAAUAUCAUGUGAAA